AUGGAGUCACUUGGUACCGGUGAUGGAGAUGUGGAGGAGUCUUGUGCAUCAGCAGUGUCGAUUGUUUCCAGGUCCAGCAAGAACAUGUCGCUACCUUCUUCUGCCUGCCUAUUAACAAAUCCAGAUGAAAGGAGGAUUGUUCUAGUCGGGAAGACUGGAGUAGGGAAGAGCGCUGCGGGAAACACCCUCCUGGGGAGAGAAGCUUUCGAAUCAGAACUGUCUCCGUCUUCCCUGACGUCUGAAUGCCAGAAAGCCAAGGGGAGCGUUGAAGAUCGAAAGGUCGCUGUCAUCGACACUCCGGGGCUGUUUGACACUAAUUUCACCCAAGAAGAAGUGUUGAAGAGGAUCAAGAUGUGCAUCUCUCUGUCUGCUCCUGGUCCUCACGCCUUCCUGAUAGUUUUGCAGCUGACCAGAUUCACCAAGGAGGAGAACGAAACUGUGAAGAUGAUUCAGACCACUUUUGGUGAGGAGGCAGCUAAAUACACAAUAGUGUUGUUCACACACGGAGACCAGCUGAAGACGCAAACCAUUGAGGAUUAUAUUUCAGCGAGUGCUGACCUGAAAGCCUUCCUUCGGCAGUGCUAUAAUCGAUACCACGUCUUUAACAACGAAGUCAAAGACCCUGUACAAAGCAGUCAGCUCCUGGACAAAAUUGACAAGAUGACUAUGGCUAACGGAGGAAGCUACUACACCAACGAAAUGUUCAUGAGAGCAGAGGAAGCCAUAGAAAAGGAGAAAAAGCGACUCCUGAAGGAGUUGGAAGCACAGAAGCAGAGAGAGCUGGAUAAACUGAGAGCCAAAUAUUUAGAGCAGGAUUUGAGAAGGGAGGAGUCGCGGCUGCAGAGGAGCUAUGAGAAUGAAGCAAGAGCUCAAGCUGAAAGAUCUAAUGAGUUUCUCGCCGCUCCGGUAAUAGCUAUAGCAACAGCCUGUGGUGCUGCUGUCGGAGGUCUGAUCGGAGUUGCAGGAGGUCCAAUCGGCAUGGUAGUUGGAGUCGCAGCUGGAGCCGCUGUUGGAGCUGCCGUGGUUUCUCGGAAGCAGAUGAAAAGUGAUGAACUCCGAAUCAUUUUGGUGGGGAAGACAGGAGCGGGGAAGAGUGCCGCAGGAAACACCAUCUUGGGGAGCGAAGUGUUUCAGUCACAACUGUCUGCUGCUUCCUGGACAUUUCAAUGCAAGAGGGCUGAGGGAGAGGUUAGAGGUCGAAAUGUCACCGUCAUCGACACUCCGGGGCUGUGUGACACAAAUUUCACCCAUGAAGAAGUGUUGGAGAAGAUUGAGCAGUGUAUUUCUCUGUCUGCCCCUGGUCCUCAUGCCUUCCUUGUGGUUCUGAGGCUCGGCAGGUUCACCCAGGAGGAGAAAGACACCCUGAGGAUGAUUCAAAGCACUUUUGGUGAAGAGGCAGCUAAAUACUCACUAGUGUUGUUCACACAUGGAGACAAACUAAAGAAACAAACUAUUGAAAGCUUUGUUUCAAAGAGUGAAGAACUCAAAGAGUUCAUUCAGGAAUGCUAUGGGAGAUAUCACGUCUUCAACAACCAGGUGAAAGACCAGGAACAGAUUGACCAGCUACUGGAGAAAAUUGACAGAAUGACUCUGGACAAUGGCGGAGGGCACUACACCGCACGGUUGUUCACAAAAGCAAAAAAGGCCUCAAAGAAAGAGAAACGAAGACUUUCAAAGGAGCAGAAGGUGGCAGAGCGGGAGAGGAAGAGCACCCUGAAGGCUAAAGUUAAGAGCGAAAUGAAUUUAACAGGAGGGUCGACUAAACGCAGUAAAUGUAUUCUGCAGUAG